AUGGCGACCAAUGGCAGUUUCUCGCAGCAAGACCAAUACAAGAGUACUACUGAGCAGUAUCCGGCCACUUCGGGUCCUACUGAGUCCAGCACUGGCAGUGCUUCGGGCAAUGACCUCUCGAAGGACGAGGUGGGCUGGUAUUUCGUCGAACAGUACUACACCACCUUGAGCAAAUCUCCGGAGAAGCUUCAUCUCUUUUACGGGAAACGAUCCCAGUUCGUUUCUGGUCUCGAGGCCGAGGUAGCUCCAGUUUCCGUGGGCCGAAGUGCUAUACAAGAGCGCAUCAAGGAACUCGGUUUCCAAGACUGCAAAGUCCGCGUUUCCAACGUCGAUUCCCAAGCAUCCUACGAUAACAUCGUCAUUCAAGUCAUCGGUGAAACAUCCAACAAAUCUGCCGAGCUCAAGAAGUUUGUCCAGACCUUCGUCCUCGCCCAACAACCUACCGGAUACUUUGUUCUUAACGAUAUUUUCCGGUACAUAAAUGAUGAGGGUGAGGAGGAACUGGUUGACAAUGCACAAGAUGACUCGGCUGCAACUGGACCUUUGGUUGAAGAUGUUGAGAUGCCAAAGGCACAACCUUCUAUUGAGGAGCCAACAGCUGCACCAUUGGAUACCGAAGUCGUUGAUAAGAAGCUGGAGGAAACCAUCGAGACUGCAGCAGUCUCAGAGCCAGCUCCUACCACGAAUGGCACGCCAGCUCCCGUGGUUGAGGCUGAAGACGCAACUACUGCCACCACGGCGGAAGAUGAUGUUCCCACCCCCGAGGUUGCUGCUAAGGAAGUUGAAGCCGAGAUCAAGGAGCCCGAGAAGCCAAAGGACCCCGUUCCCAGCCCGGUAAUUACUCGAGCUCAGUCCUCUACCAAGCCGACACCAGCCCCAGCCACAGCCCAGCCAGCAGCUCCCCCAAAGCCAUUGAGUUGGGCAAGCCGAGCGGCUGCUGCAUUGGGACCCUCUACAACGCCCAAGCCCGCCGUACCAGUUGUUGCCCCCAAGACCUCGACCCCGCCUGCCCAGACUCGUGCUGCACCUCCAGCCGCCAAGCCUGCGCAAUCCUCAACUCCAACUCCGGUCGCCCCCAGCGAGAAGGAGAAAGAAAACAACCCAGCUGGAGCUGGAUGGCAGACUGCAGGUAGCGAACAUGCCAAGCGCCAGAACAGACCGCAGUCUAUCUCUGCCCCCCCUGAGAAAGAGGGCACAAUGGGUUAUGUCAGAAACGUAACUGAUAAGGUCGGUACUGAGGAGUUGAAGGCGGCUUUGGCGGCUUUUGGUCAGUUAAUCUAUUUUGAUGUCAACCGUAGCAAGAACUGUGCCUUUGUCGAAUACGCGACUCCUGAGGGCUAUCAAGCUGCCGCCGCUGCCAAUCCCCACCAAGUUAUGGGAGAGCCUAUCUAUGUUGAGCCUCGCCGACCCAAGGCUGGUGCAUAUGGAGGAAACGGAUAUACCGGAGGACGUGGAGGCAUGAAUCAGCGAGGUCGGGGAGGAUUCCAGCAACGUGGUCGCGGAGGCGGAGGAGCUCCUCGUGGCCGAGGCACGAGCCAAACUACCACUGCAUGA